AUGACUCCAACCCAUCCUACACGAGUCCAACCCAUCCCACGACCCCAGCCCAUCCUACAUGAGUCCAACCCAUCCUACGACCCCAGCCCAUCCUACACGACCCCAGCCCAUCCUACACGACUCCCAGCCCAUCCCACACGACCCCAGCCCAUCCUACACGAGUCCAACCCAUCCUACGCCAGCCAUCCUACAGAUCAUCCAGGUUCAACCCAUCCUACACGACUCCAGUCCAUCCUGCACGACCCCAUCCCAUCCUACACGAGUCCACCCAUCCAUGCCACCCAGCCCAUCCCACACGAGUCCAACCCAUCCUACACCCCAGCCCAUCCUACACGACCCCAGCCCAUCCUACACGAUCCCCAUCCUACAGACUCCCAGCCCAUCCUACACGAGUCCAACCCAUCCUACGCACUCCCAGCCAUCUACACGAUCAACCCAUCCACACGAGUUCAACCCAUCCUACACGACCUCCAGCCCAUCCUGCACGACCCCAUCCCAUCCUCACGAGUUCAACCCAUCCUACACGACCCCAGCCCAUCCUACACGACCCCAGCCCAUCCUACACGAGUCCAACCCAUCCUACGCUACCCCAGCCCAUCCUACACGACUCCCAGCCCAUCCCACACGACUCCCAGCCCAUCCUACACGACUCCAGCCCAUCCUACACGAGUCCAACCCAUCCUGCCACCCCAGCCCAUCCUACACGAUUCCAGCCCAUCCUCACGACCCCAUCCCAUCCUACACGAGUCCAGCCAUCCCACGCACCCCAGCCCAUCCUACACGACUCCCAGCCCAUCCUACACGAUUCCCAGCCCAUCCUACACGACCCCAGCCCAUCCUACACGACCCCCAGCCCAUCCUACACGAGUCCAACCCAUCCCAUGCCACCCCAGCCCAUCCUACACGACUCCCAGCCCAUCUAUACGACCAGCCAUCUAG